GUAAUAACCAUACAAAGCAUAUAAGGAUUGACAUAGCAAGGUAUAACCUCGCGCAGCACAAGCGUCUGCGCGCCGACACAGAGAAGCACGCGAAGGGCCGAGCCACCGUUUUAAGCCGCUGCAUGCAAUCAUAAUAAACCUAUACACCACUGAUACUAAGUCAAUGGCUAAAGGCAUUGCACAGAGGCGGAGGUUGAAGCGAGCGCUGAACGCGGCGCAGGGCAACCUGCACCGAAUUCAGAAUGGCAAGGCGAUUCCCAAGAUAGGUUUGCCAGAGGCCCCGCAACCGGGGGACACGGAAAAGCUGCCGGCGUCGCUGCGGCGCAUGCUUGCGCUCAAGGAGGCGGCAGAGAAGCAACGGCAAGGGAAAGGCGGGGGGCAGCAGCAGCAGCAGGAGGCGACGCAGGGCGGGGCUCAAGGGCGCUCGAAGAAGCAGCGGCAGCAACAGAAGCAGAAACCCGACGGCGACGGCGACAGUGGCGACGACUCGGCAGGCGACGACGGCCCCUCGACGUCGGGUCGGGAUGUGGCGGAGCCGCAGGCCGGCGCGGCGGCUGGCAAGCAACAGCCGGGUGGCAAGAUGAAGGGCGGGAAUGCCUUUCUGUUAAACGAGUCUCAGUUUGCGAGCAAGAAGCUGAAAGACCGGAAGAAGGAGUACCUGAAGCGCAAGAAGGAGAAGAAGGCGGUCAAGACGGCCUCGGGCGCGCCGCUGGUGGAGAAGGAGCUGCAGCUGCGGGACAAAGUCAAGUUCGGGGAGGUGGUGGACGCACCCCUGGAGAUCCACCUCAAGCGCAAGCACUGGGCGGACAAGGAGCGCACGGCGGCGGACCGCUGCAAGGACAUAUUCGUCAAACAGAUGGAGCAGGCGCAGCAGCGCAUGGCGGCGCAGGCGGGGGCGGGCGCGGCGGCAGACGGCGGCCUGGCCGUCGGGGCGGCGGCAGGAGCAGGCGCGGCGGGGAAAGGCAAGGGCAAGGCAGGAGGCGCGGCGGCGGCGGCGGCGGCCGCGGCGGCUGGCAAGAAGCGGAAAGCGCCGAUGGACGAGCAGACGGAGGCGCUGCGGCUGCAUGCCAUCGAGGCCUACCGCGCAUCCAAGCGCGGCGGCGGCGGCGGCGGCGGAGACUUUCAUGGCGCGGCAGUGGGCAACGCAACAAUGGCGUCGUUGGCGCGGCUGGCCGGCAGGGGAGCUGGCGGCGCGGGCGCUGGAGCUGGCGGCGGCGGCGGAGGUGCCGUGAUGGACGGCGGCGGCGGCGGCAGCGGCGGCAGCAAGGGCAAGAAGGGCGGGAAGGGCGCGGCGGGCACGUUCACGCUCGGGUAGCAGAAGACGUGGCUGUAGGUCGCGUUCGUUGAGGGUGGAUCACUGGAUCGCGUGAUGCGCGGGCAACGAAGGGAGCGUCCGGAGGCUUAGUGUGUGACGGUGGUUAGAGAGGCAGGAGCAGCGGUUUUGCAGCGUUGCACUGGGGUAGCGGCGGUUUUGCGCAUGGCACCACAUGCGGUUGCUCGCGGACUGUCUACUUAAUAGAGCUAAAGGAUGGAAAGCGUGCGUUUGUGUGUGGCGCUCUCACCAUGGCUCUAGCUGGCGACGCACGCACCGCAAGAACGGCACGUGCCUUACACUGCUGUCAACUUCACUGUGACGC